AUGCGCUUUACCAUUGCCACUACCGCUUUGCUUGCCUAUGCUGGCGUUAGCAUGGCUAAUGUAUGCACUCUUGUUGGCUAUACCUGGGAAGACCAGGACGUUUUCAGUGGUAUCGCCGGCGAAGCCUAUGGCGAUGAGGGCUUCGAGCUCUACUACCAAGGAGGAGUCCAUAUUUCCGGUGGAACCUUCAGCAGCGAUGGCAGCGCCUUCAACUCGGUAGCGAAGCAUACAAUCGACCAACAUUAUCUUCAUACUGCCGAGUCUAUUAUUUGGACACCUUCAAUGAACGGCAUUGCUAUGAAUUCAGAGAUCAGAGCAAUAGUAGGAGAACUUGGCCAGGAUCUUCUUUUGCUCAACAACAAGCCCGAGCUCCUCAAAAGCGCUGUGCCCGGGACUGAGCAGAAAGAUUACCCGUAUAAGUACUCUGAUGGAGCAGAUACAAAUGGAUUGAAUCUUGAGAUUGCCAUCAACCGAAAGGUUACACUCGAGAGUAUGGAGAAGAACGAGCGUGGAAAGGUCAAUGCACAUCAGCUAGGCGAUCUCAAGGACGCCGUAACCGGCUUAGCAGACGUGGAAAUCAAGCAAAAAUUAAAAUGUCGCGACACCCGUGGGGCAGAAGUUGGCCGUCGUCAGCAAGGCUAUAUCCCCUGGUCCCCUGCUACCAAAACAAUAGUUCGCUUUCCGGGCAGGGUUCUUCUGCUUGGGCUUCUGGCCAACAGCAGCUGA